UGUUUAGAUUCUCACAUGUGUAGUCAGCGAGACCGGUGGCUAAAAAAUAUUUGAACGCUUUCUCGCUUUACCUCUCAAACAAGAUGGGGAAGAAACGGUCGAGUGAAGAUGUGGAUGAGUCCAACACGCAUGCGAAGAAAGGAAAAGUAUCUGAGACAGCGGAGUUCAAUGGAACCGUUUUUAAAGCCAUGUUGAAGGAGCCGACCAAGGCAAUGAAGGGUGAGUGGCAGUGUUGCUAUUAGCUACCGUUAGCUAGCUAGCUACAAUGGCGCUAUAACGUAUUGUUCUCAACUUUGCAGUGAUAUGAUUGCACUCUUUGUUUUCAUUAUUUUGCAGAUAGUAUGUCAAUUAUCAAAGGUGUUAGCUGUGUUGUCAUUGAAUAUGUCAAUACUAAACAACCGCUGUCUGUUUUCAAAACUCGUUCUCUCUGCACUGCAGGCUUGGAGACAUUCAUCACGACAGCAAAGAAGCUGCCAUGCUCUGACCUGUACGACGUCGUUGAGGGCUACAUCAAGAUCUCCAUGGAGUGUUCUGAGAUCUUCAAACUGCUGGAGGGAGACAAGCAGAAGGAGAGCGAAGUACGUAGAGUACAGCAUUUGCUUCUGUCAGUCUCCUGUUCACUGGAAAUCAGUCUAUUCACUCACUCACACACACACACUAUGUAAUAAUCUGUUAGACAUCACAUUGUCCUUGUCUCUGUCCAGAUGAUGGUGAUCUUCCAGAGUUUGGAGAUGAUUCUGCUACGUACGGCCAGUGAUCUCUCUCAUUUCAGCAUGGUGGGAUCCACUAUAGUUAAGAAGGCUGUCUCCAGCAUUAUGAAACUCAUACAGACAUCCCUACACUCAGAAAACCACAGGUACAUUGGAACAUGAAGCAAGUUUUGUUUGAACAAAAUCCAGAUUGUGUGUGUGUGUGUCAAUCUAACAUAGUGUUGCCGUCUCCUCUUGGCCAGGUUUGUCCGUCAGUGCCUGAGUUUCCUGUCAGCCAUGGUGUCCCAGGGAGCAGACACAGCCAGAGAAGUCUUCAGCCACUUCCACUUCACCAAAGGCCUGUCUGCUCUGGCCAAGAGGAAGGAUAAGAUGGUAAGAGACCUGGCUAGUGUCUGGCUGCAUCCCAAAUGGCACCCUAUUUCCUAUAUAGUGCACUACUUUUGACCAGGGCCCCAUAGGGAAUAGGGUGCCAUUUGGUGCACCCUCUGUAUGAAGGGUUUAUAGUUCUCGUUAGUGUCGUUGUAAACCAACUGUUGGGUUCCUCUGCUCUUCUGUAGUGUCGUGUAUAACUAAGGUCAAGAGGUCAUCCUGACCGUUUGAUCUGAACAGGAACAACGAUGUCCCAUAGUUAGAACCAGGGCUUGGAUUCAGGUUAUAACUAUACAUCUCUAACCACUAGUAUUCUGUGAUCACAUUCAUCUCUCUCUCUUUCACUCCCUCUCUGUCUCUCUCUCUCUGUCUCUCUCUCUGUCUCUCUCCCUCUCUCUCUCUCUCUCUCUCUCUCUUCCUCUCUUUCUCUUCGUCUCUCCUCUCUCUCUCUCUAUCUCUCUGCUCUCUCUCUACCUCUGUCUCUCUCUCUGUCUCUCUCUCUGUCUGUCUCUCUCUCUACCUCUGUCUCUCUCUCUCUCUCUCUCUCUCUCUCUCUCCUCUCUCUCUCUACCUCUGUCUCUCUCUCUGUCUCUCUCUCUCUCUGUCUGUCUCUCUCUCUACCUCUGUCUCUCUCUCUCUCUCUCUCUCUCCUCUCUACUCUCUCUCUCUCUCUGUCUCUCUCUCUCUAGGGUAGACCUGAUGUCCGCAUGGCUUACAUCCAGUUUGCCCUCUCCUUCCUGGUCUCUGGUGACAACGCUACUAUUGGACAACUACUGGAGAUGAAAGGUCAGGAUUAUACUACAUUUCAAAAUGAUGGAAGAUAUAACAAGAAUAAUGCGAAUAAAAUAAGUUUGAAAAUAUAGGAAUAUAGGCCUACCUUUCCAGUGUUUCAUGAUGAAAUGUUUUAUUGUUUGUCAGAUUUCCUGCCAGACAUUCUAAGCAGCGGACUGAAGGAGGAUCGUUUAUCCAUUGUCAACCUGAUUCUGUCUACUCUGCAGACUAAGGUAGGGCCUACUCUCUUAUCUCAGUGACUUGUCAUUUCCACCUUUUAGUUGUCAGGGUAAUGAGUGAAAAGGGCUAUUUAGUCAGGAUGAUUAGGAGACGUUAUAAGGUGGUUGUACGUGCUCAUGACAAGUAUUAUAGUGCAUUAAUAACUGCAUCCUAAUGCAGACUUUAAGUGACGUGUAACAGAGUGUUUCCUCUGCUGAAGGUGGUCCAGAGCAAAGCCAUCAGUAAGACCCAGAAGGUACGUUUCUUCACCCCGUCUCUCCUGGCCCAGAUUGCAUCUCUCUACAGGUGGAAUGGCAUUGUGGAUGCAAGCACAGACGACAGCAAGGUAAUGGCUCUAUCCAAUAGUUUUCUCUCUCUCUCUCUCUCUCUGUUAGAGCUUUGGGCCAGUAACCGAAAGGUCACUGGUUAGAAUCCCGGAGAUGACAAGGUGAAAAAAUCUGUUGCUGUGCCCUUGAGCAAGGCAUUUAACCCCAAUUGCUCCAGGGGCGCUGGACAACGGUGACCCUGGCCAUGACCCCACUCCCUGGGGGUGUCUCCAGGGGGCAUCGGGAUAUGCAAGAAACACAUUUCCGUUACACCCCCUACAUGAUUCUCACUCACUCACAAUCAUCACUGAGUGUUGUUUUGAAUGUCCAUUUCUUCAGAUGGCAGAGAAUGCAGAGGAAGCAGGGAAGAUGGUCGUGAGGGAACUGGUUCACAACUUCCUCCUGGAUUUGUGCUGCUCCCGGAAACAUGGCAUCAGUUUCUAUGAACCCAGCUUUGGAACGCCGGCAGGUCAGUCAUGGAUCUGAUGCAUCCGGGCUCUUCAUUCUCCCUCUUAUCCUUUUGUGUCCUCUCUCUCUCUAAUAGGUAAAUAUAAUAUAUAAAUAUGUUAACAUAUCUAUCUACUAGGUCAAUCAUCUUAUAUAUAUAUAAAAUCUGUAAAUAUAUCUAUAUUAUCUAUAAUCGGUACCAAAGUAUAUUAGAUAAUAUAUAUACUAUGAAAAUAUAUCUCUGUAAUCUAUUAUAUAUCUCUGUACCAUCUAUAUGUAACAUAUAUAUAUUCUCUAUAUUAAUAUGUAAUAUAUCAUUAUAUCUAUAAUAUGAUCUGAGAUAUCUAUACUCUAUAAUAUGCAUAUAUAACUAUAAUAUGUAAUCUAAUAUAUAUAUAAUCGUAAUUCUAUAUAUAUAAUCUGUCCUCUCUUCUUAUCUAAUAUGUAAUAUCUCUACAUAUGUACUCUCUAUGCCUCUGUCCUCUAUCGCUCUAUGUCCCCUCUCUCUCUCUCUCCUCUGGCCCCCCUCUCUUUUCUAUCCUCUUCCAUCGGCCUCCUCUCUCUCCUCUGUCCUCUCUCUAUAUCCUCUGUCCUCUCUCUCGAUCCUCUCUGUCUCUUCAUCUCUCUCCUCUGUCGUCUCUCUCUACUCUGUCCCCUCUCUCUCUCCCUCGUACCCUAUCUCUCUCUCUCUCCCCUCAUCCUCUUGUCCCUCUCUCUCUCUCUCUACUAUGUUCCCUCUCUCUCUGUCCUCUCUCUCUCUUCCUCUGUACCCUCUCUCUUCUCUCUUCCUCUGUCCAGUCUUCUCCCUUGUCCCCCCUCUCUUUCUCCUCUGUCCCCCCCCUCUCGCUCUCUCUGUCCCCUAUCUCUCUCUCUAUCUAAAUUGUCCCAGCUCCUCUUCCUCUGUCCCUCUCUCUCUGCUCCUCUGUACACCCUCUUCUCUCUCUAUCUUCUCCUCUGUCCCCCCUCUCUCUCUCUCCUCUGUCCUCUCCUCUCCUUCUCUCUGUUCUACCUCCUCUAUUUCCUCAAUCUUUGCUGCCCCUCUCUCUCCCCUUUCUCCAUCACCCUCCUGAAGUUGUUGUGUGUGUCUGUCUGUACAGCAGACAUAGUCCUGAUAUUGUUCUGUGUCUGUCUUCUGUCCAGGGCUGGUAACAUUGUGCUACUACAGUUUGUGGUAGGGCUGAAGCAGGCUACAGAGGAUGACCUGGUGUCUGAUCUGGUGGUUAAUAUACUAAGGGUCAGCCCUGACGUCUUGCCCAGGUUCUUCAAGGAGACACAGUACUCCUUCACCCCUCGCCUCAAAUCUGCCUGGACGGACAACAUCACUCUGCUCAAGAAGGUUAAUAACCUGUUUGUUUCAUUGGUUUUAUUGGUUUUAUCAAGUUAUUUUAUUACCUUUUCAAACCUCUGGGACAGUCCUGUCUGUAACUUUGGCACCAACAACAUAGAGAAUUCUAAGAUGUAUUCUGUUGUAUAAAUGUAUAAAGAUCUGACGUCACCAUACACAGUGGGGCCGCUCCUACCUUACAGAAAUCAACAGACAAAAUGUGAAUCUGCCAAGACUGCCACAAUUGGCUGUCCUUUGCCUGUCAAUCAUAGGCACUGUCAUUUCGAUAGCUGUUAACUGCUCUGUCCUGUCUUACAGAUCUAUGAGUCUCAGCCGGAGGUGUCCAAGGCCUUCCAGACCAGAGAGGUCGUUCCUCUGCCACGCCUCCUGUCCAUGGUGCUGGUGACAUCACUUCCUCCCGUCUGUAACAAGGCCUUCUUCACGCAGGGCAUCAACGUGAGUUACGACACGUCACCUGUCACAGCACCUCACCUGUUACAGCACCUCACCUGUUACAGCACGUCACCUGUCACAGCACCUCACCUGUUACAACACGUCACCUGUCACAGCACCUCACCUGUCAGUCAAGACACAGAGGGUGACAUUGUAAUAAUAUAAUGGUUAUUUAGCAGACUUUUUAUCCACACUUUGGUGAUGAAAAUGUUGCCCAAUGUUUCCAGUUCUGGACUAUUUACCCAUCUUUCCUCUCUCUGUGUGUCUGUCCCAGUUUACCAACGCGGUGGUUCAGCACACGACCCUGUCCCUGAUGUCGUUCCUCCUGAAGAGAGCUCUGAGGAACAUAGAGUUCUGUCAGGACCGCUCUGUGUGGCUCGGCUCUGAUCUGUACACGCCGGCCAACAUGGAGGACUUCAUACAGCAGUACAGUGAGGCGCUCGGCAAGGUAACCUACACGUAUAUCCUCACUGGGAAGCAGCCCGUGCUCCAAGCUUUUAUGUUUUACUGUAGUUCUAUUGUGUAUAUAUACUGUAUGUUGACUUUGUCUAAAUUCCUGACUGAAUUCUGCCUGUAUUCUGUCUGUAUAUGUAUCUAUUGCUGGCAGCACUAAUUCACUAAGUGAAAUUCCGGGUAUGUGUAAAUGUACUUGGAAAAUAAAAGUGAUUCUGAUUCUGGAGAUUUAGUACUGUAUACCUACUGUAGUACUGUACACCUACUGUAUACCUACUGUAUACCUACUGUAGUACUGUAUACCUACUGUAUACCUACUGUAGUACUGUAUACCUACUGUAUACCUAAUGUAGUACUGUAUACCUACAGUAGUACUGUAUACCUACUGUAUACCUACUGUAGUACUGUAUACCUACUGUAUACCUACUGUAGUACUGUAUACCUACUGUAUACCUACUGUAGUACUGUAUACCUACUGUAUACCUACUGUAGUACUGUAUACCUACUGUAUACCUAAUGUAGUACUGUAUACCUACAGUAGUACUGUAUACCUACUGUAGUACUGUAUACCUACUGUAUACCUACUGUAGUACUGUAUACCUACUGUAGUACUGUAUACCUACUGUAUACCUACUGUUACCUACUGUAGUACUGUAUACCUACUGUUACCUACUGUAGUACUGUAUACCUACUGUAGUACUGUAUACCUACUGUAGUAUUGUAUACCUACUGUAGUACUGUAUACCUACUGUAGUACUGCAUACCUACUGUAGUACUGUAUACCUACUGUAGUACUGUAUACCUACUGUAGUACUGCAUACCUACUGUAGUACUGUAUACCUACUGUAGUACUGUAUACCUACUGUAGUACUGCAUACCUACUGUAUACCUACUGUAUACCUACUGUAGUACUGUAUACCUCCUGUAGUACUGUAUACCUACUGUAGUACUGUAUACCUACUGUAGUACUGCAUACCUACUGUAUACCUACUGUAUACCUACUGUAGUACUGUAUACCUACUGUAUACCUACUGUAGUACUGUAUACCUACUGUAUACCUACUGUAUACCUACUGUAGUACUGUAUACCUCCUGUAGUACUGUAUACCUCCUGUAGUACUGUAUACCUACUGUAGUACUGCAUACCUACUGUAUACCUACUGUAUACCUACUGUAGUACUGUAUACCUCCUGUAGUACUGUAUACCUACUGUAGUACUGCAUACCUACUGUAUACCUACUGUAUACCUACUGUAGUACUGUAUACCUCCUGUAGUACUGUAUACCUACUGUAGUACUGUAUACCUCCUGUAGUACUGUAUACCUCCUGUAGUACUGUAUACCUACUGUUACCUACUGUAGUACUGUAUACCUACUGUUACCUACUGUAGUACUGCAUACCUACUGUAGUACUGUAUACCUCCUGUAGUACUGUAUACCUACUGUAGUAUUGUAUACCUACUGUAGUACUGUAUACCUACUGUAGUACUGUAUACCUACAGUAGUACUGUAGUACUGUAUACCUACUGUAGUACUGUAUACCUCCUGUAGUACUGUAUACCUCCUGUAGUACUGUAUACCUACUGUAGUACUGUAUACCUACAGUUUAUUCAGAGCCCUUCCCUUUUUCCACAUGUUGUAACAUUAAAGCCUUAUUCUGAAAUGGAUUAAGUAAAUAAUUCCCCUCAUCAAUCUACACACAAUACCCCAUAAUGACAAAGCGAAAACAGGUUUUUAGAAAUGUUUGCAAAUGUAUUAAAAAUUAAAAACAGAAAUACCUUAUUUACAUAAAUAUUCAGACCCUUUGCUAUGAGACUCGAAAUUGAGCUCAGGUGCAUCCUGUUUCCAUUGAUCAUCCUUGAGAUGUUUCUACAACUUGAUUGGAGUCCACCUGUGGCAAAUUCAAUUGAUUGGACAUGAUUUGGAAAGGCACACACCUGUCUAUAUAAGGUCCCACAGUUGACAGUGCCUGUUAGAGCAAAAACCAAGCCAUCAGGUCAAAGGAAUUGUCCGUAGGGCUCCAAGACAGGAUUGUGUCGAGUCACAGAUCUGGGGAAGGGUACCAAAACAUUUCUGCAGCAUUGAAGGUCCCCAAGAACACAGUGGCCAUCAUUCUUAAAUGGAAGAAGUUUGGAACCACCAAGACUCUUCCUAGAGCUGGCCGCCCGGCCAAACGGAGCAAUCGGGGGAGAAGGGCCUUGGUCAGGGAGGUGACCAAGAACCCCAUGUAGUCCCAGUAGUCCCCUGUAGCUCAGUUGGUAGAGCAUCCUGUUGUCUGGACCUAUGGCAGUCUCUAUGGGGGUGCCACAGGGUUCAAUUCUUGGGCCGACACUUUUCUCCGUGUAUAUCAAUGAUGUCGCUCUUGCUGCUGGUGACUCUCAGAUCCACCUCUACGCAGACGACACCAUUUUGUAUACAUCUGGCCCUUCAUUGGACACUGUGUUAACAAACCUCCAAACGAGCUUCAAUGCCAUACAACAAUCCUUCAGUAGCCUCCAACUGCUCUUAAACACUAGUAAAACUAAAUGCAUGCUUUUCAAUCGAACGCUGCUGGCACCCGCCCCACCCGACUAGAAUCACCACUCUCGACGGGUCUGACCUAGAGUAUGUGGACAACUACAAAUACCUAGGUGUCUGGUUAGACUGUAAACUCAACUUCCAGACUCACAUAAAGAAUCUCCAAUCCAAAGUUAAAUCUAGAAUCGGCUUCCUAUUUCGCAAUAAAGCCUCCUUCACUCAUGCUGCCAAACAUGCCCUCGUAAAACUGACUAUCCUACCGAUCCUUGACUUCGGCGAUGUAAUUUACAAAAUAGCCUCCAACACUCUACUCAGCAAAUUGGAUGUAGUCUAUCACAGUGCCAUCCGUUUUGUCUCCAAAGCCCCAUACACUACCCACCACUGUGACCUGUACGCUCUUGUUGGCUGGUCCUCACUACAUGUUCGUCGUCAAACCCACUGGCUCCAGGCCAUCUAUAAAUCACUGCUAGGUAAAUCCCCCGCCUUAUCUUAGCUCAUUGGUCACCAUAGCAGCACCCCACCCGUAGUCUGCGCUCCAGCAGGUAUAUCUCACUGGUCAUUCCCAAAGCCAACACCUCCUUUGGCCGCCAUUCCUUCCAGUUCUCUGCUGCCAAUGACUGGAACGAAUUGCAAAAAUCUCUGAAGCUGGAGACUCUGGAGGGAAAGAUGAACGGAGCAAAGUACAGAGAGAUCCUUGAUGAAAACCUACUCCAGAGUGCUCAGGACCUCAGACUGGGAAGAAGGUUCACCUUCCAACAGGACAACGAUCCUAAGCACACAGCCAAGACAACGCAGGAGUGGCUUCGGGACAAGUCUCUGAAUGUCCUUGAAUGGCCCAGCCAGAGUCUGGACUUGAACCCGAUCAAACAUCUCUGGAGAGACCUGAAAAUAUCUGUGCAGAGACGCUCCCCAUCCAACCUGACAGAGCUUGCGAGGAUCUGCAGAGAAGAAUGGGAGAAACUCCCCAAAUACAGGUGUGCCAAGCUUGUAGCGUCAUACCCAAGAAGACUCGAAGCUGUAAUCACUACCAAAGGUGCUUCAACAAAGUAUUGAGUAAAGGGUCUGAAUACUUACGUAAAUGUGAUAUUUCCGUUUUUAUUUUUAAUACAUUUGCAAAAAUGUCUAAAAACCUGUUUUUGCGUUGUCAUUAUAGGGUAUCGUGUGUAGAUUGAUGAGCAAAAAAAACAGUUGAAACCUUUUUAGAGUAACGUAACAAAAUGUGGAAAAAGUGAAGGGGUCUGAAUACUUUCCGAAUGCACUGUACUGUAGUACUGUAUACCUACUGGGGAAGGCAACAUACAGUAGACCUCCUACCUACUAAACUAAAUGCAAUAUUGCACAAUGUGGACUAUUAUCUAGAUCCAAUGGAAAACUCCUUUAUCUGGCUGAAUGACCACUCUGCAUGAACAGGUUAGGCCACUCUGACGGCUGCGCAAUAGAGUGGAUGAGAUCAACUGAACUCUGGGUGUCCAUGUUCUCUCUGUAGAACUGAACUCUGGGUGUCCAUGUUCUCUCUGUAGAACUGAACUCUGGGUGUCCAUGUUCUCUCUGUAGGUUCUACCGGACAUGACGAGCAUCGUGUCCAAAUGGCAGUCAUUGACCAAGAAGGAGAAAGGAGCGAAUGAAGGGGAUGCCAAAGAGGCUGCAACUAAAGUUGAACAACCCGGUAUAUGUCUUACAUUUUAAUAUAUUUACUGUCAGUGGAAUGUUCUCUUCCUUGAAUUAUAAUCUUCAUACAUACAGUUGAAGUUUACAUACACGUAGGUUGGAGUCAUUAAAACUAGUUUUUCAACCACUCCACACAUUUCUUGUUAACAAACUAUAGUUUUGGCAAGUCGGUUAGGACAUCUACUUUGUGCAUGACUCAAGUAAUUUUUCCAACAAUUGUUUACAGACAGAUUAUUUCACUUAUAAUUCACUGUAUCACAAUUCCAGUGGGUCAGAAGUUUACAUACACUAAGUUGACUGUGCCUUUAAACAGCUUGGAAUAUUCCAGAAAAUGAUGUCAUGGCUUUAGAAGCUUUCUGAUAGGCUAAUUGACAUCAUUUGAGUCAAUUGGAGGUGUACCUGUGGAUGUAUUUCAAGGCCUACCUUCAAACUCAAUGCCUCUUUACUCGACAUCAUGGGAAAAUCAAAAGAAAUCAGCCAAGACCUCAGAAAAGAAAUUGUGCACCUCCACAAGUCUGGUUCAUCCUUGGGAGCAAUUUCCAAACGCCUGAAGGUACCACGUUCAUCUGUACAAACAAUAGUACGCAAGUAUAAACACCAUGGGACCACACAGCCGUCAUACCGCUCAGGAAGGAGACGCGUUCUGUCUCCUAGAGAUUAACGUACUUUGGUGCGAAAAGUGCAAAUCUAUCCCAGAACAACAGCAAAGGACCUUGUGAAAAUGCUGGAGGAAACCGGUACAAAAGUAUCUACAGUGAGGGGGGAAAAGUAUUUGAUCCCCUGCUGAUUUUGUACGUUUGCCCACUGACAACGACAUGAUCAGUCUAUAAUUUUAAUGGUAGGUUUAUUUGAACAGUGAGAGACAGAAUAACAACAACAAAAUCCAGAAAAACGCAUGUCAAAAUUUUUAUAAAUUGAUUAGCAUUUUAAUGAGGGAAAUAAGUAUUUGACCUCCUCUCAAUCAGAAAGAUUUCUGGCUCCCAUGUGUCUUUUAUACAGGUAACGAGCUGAGAUUAGGAGCACACUCUUAAAGGGAGUGCUCCUAAUCUCAGUUUGUUACCUGUAUAAAAGACACCUGUCCACAGAAGCAAUCAAUCAAUCAGAUUCCAAACUCUCCACCAUGGCCAAGACCAAAAAGCUCUCCAAGGAUGUCAGGGACAAGAUUGUAGACCUACACAAGGCUGGAAUGGGCUACAAGACCAUCGCCAAGCAGCUUGGUGAGACUGUGACAACAGAUGGUGCGAUUAUUCGCAAAUGGAAGAAACACAAAAUAACUGUCCAUCUCCCUCGGCCUGGGGCUCCAUGCAAGAUCUCACCUCGUGGAGUUGCAAUGAUCAUAAGAACGGUGAGGAAUCAGCCCAGAACUACACGGGAGGAUCUUGUCAAUGAUCUCAAGGCAGCUGGGACCAUAGUCACCAAGAAAACAAUUGGUAACACACUACGCCGUGAAGGACUGAAUGAAAUCCUGCAGCGCACGCAAGGUCCCCCUGCUCAAGAAAGCACAUAUACAGGCCCGUCUGAAGUUUGCCAAUGAACAUCUGAAUGAUUCAGAGGAGAACUGGGAAAAAGUGUUGUGGUCAGAUGAGACCAAAAUCGAGCUCUUUGGCAUCAACUCAACUCGCCGUGGUUGGAGGAGGAGGAAUGCUGCCUAUGACCCCAAGAACACCAUCCCCACCGUCAAACAUGGAGGUGGAAACAUUAUGCUUCGGGGGUGUUUUUCUGCUAAGGGGACAGGACAACUUCACCGCAUCAAAGGGACGAUGGACGGGGCCAUGUACUGUCAAAUCUUGGGUGAGAACCUCCUUCCCUCAGCCAGGGCAUUGAAAAUGGGUCGUGGAUGGGUAUUCCAGCAUGACAAUGACCCAAAACACACGGCCAAGGCAACAAAGGAGUGGCUCAAGAAGAAGCACAUUAAGGUCCUGGAGUGGCCUAGCCAGUCUCCAGACCUUAAUCCCAUAGAAAAUCUGUGGAGGGAGCUGAAGGUUUGAGUUGCCAAACGUCAGGCUUGAAACCUUAAUGACUUGGAGAAGAUAUGCAAAGAGGAGUGGGACAAAAUCCCUCCUGAGAUGUGUGCAAACCUGGUGGCCAACUACAAGAAACGUCUGACCUCUGCAAAACAUGACUAAGUACUUGGUGGCAAAACCCUUUUUGGCAAUCACAAAGGGGUCAAAUACUUAUUUCCCUCAUUAAAAUGCAAAUCAAUUUAUAACAUUUUUGACAUGCGUUUUUCUGGAUUUUCUUGUUGUUAUUCUGUCUCUCACUGUUCAAAUAAACCUACCAUUAAAAUUAUAGACUGAUCAUGUCUUUGUCAGUGGGCAAACGUACAAAAUCACCAGGGGAUCAAAUACUUUUUUCCCUCAUUGUAUAUCCACAGUAAAACUAGUCCUAUAUCGACAUAACCUGAAAGGCUGCUCAGCAAGGAAGAAGCCACUGCUCCAAAACCGCCAUAAAAAAGCCAGACUACGGUUUGCAACUGCACAUGGGGACAAAGAUCGUACUUUUUUGAGAAAUGUCCUCUGGUCUGAUGAAACAAAAAUAGAACUGUUUGGCCAUAAUGACCAUUGUUAUGUUUGGAGGAAAAAGGGGGUUGCUUGCAAGCCGAAGAACACCAUCCCAACCGUGAAGAACGGGGGUGGCAGCGUCAUGCUGUGGGGGUGCUUCGCUGCAGGAGGGACUGGUGCACUUCACAAAAUAGAUGGCAUCAUGAGGAAGGAAAAUGAUGUGGAUAUAUUGAAGCAUCAUCUCAAGACGUCAGUCAGGAAGUUAAAGCUUGGUCGCAAAUGGGUCUUCCAAAUGGACAAUGACCCCAAGCAUACUUCCAAAGUUGUGGCAAAAUGGCUUAAGGACAACAAAGUCAAGGUAUUGGAGUGGCCAUCACAAAGCCCUGACCUCAAUCCUAUAGAACAUUUGUGGGCAGAACUGAAAAAGCGUGUGCGAGCAAGGAGGCCUACAAACCUGACUCAGUUACACCAGCUCUGUCAGGAGGAAUGGGCCAAAAUUCACCCAAUUUAUUAUGGGAAGCUUGUGGAAGGCUACCCGAAACAUUUGACCUAAGUUAAACAAUUUAAAGGCAAUGCUACCAAAUACUAAUUGAGUGUAUGUAAACUUCUGACCCACUGGGAAUGUGAUGAAAGAAAUAAAAGCUGAAAUAAAUAAUUCUCUCUACUAUUAUUCUGACAUUUCACAUUCUUAAAAUAAAGUGGUGAUCCUAACUGACCUAAGACGGGGAAUCUUUACUAGAAUUAAAUGUAAGGAAUUGUGAAAAACGGAGUUUAAAUGUAUUUGGCUAAGGCGUAUGUAAACUUCCGACUUCAACUGUAAUUGAAAUUGACCUACUCCUUAACCAAUAUGGUAUUUUUCCUAAUUUCUAUAUUGUCCCGACUAUAACCCUCUUUAAUUGAACGAGGGGUGACUGACUCUCUCCUGUCUGUCUCUCUCCCGUCUGUCUGUCUCUCUCCCGUCUGUCUGUCUCUCUCCCGUCUGUCUGACUCUCUCCCGUCUGUCUGACUCUCUCCUAUCGGUCUCUCUCCCGUCUGUCUGUCUCUCUCCCGUCGGUCUGUCUCUCUCCCGUCGGUCUGUCUCUCUCCCGUCGGUCUGUCUCUCUCCCGUCUGUCUGUCUCUCUCCCGUCUGUCUGUCUCUCUCCCGUCUGUCUGUCUCUCCCGUGCGUCUGUCUGUCUCUCUCCCGUCUGUCUGUCUCUCUCCCGUCGGUCUGUCUCUCUCCCGUCGGUCUGUCUCUCUCCCGUCGGUCUGUCUCUCUCCCGUCGGUCUGUCUCUCUCCCGUCGGUCUGUCUCUCUCCCGUCGGUCUGUCUCUCUCCCGUCUGUCUGUCUCUCUCCCGUCUGUCUGUCUCUCUCCCGUCUGUCUGUCUCUCUCCCGUCUGUCUGUCUCUCUCCCGUCGGUCUGUCUCUCUCCCGUCGGUCUGUCUCUCUCCCGUCGGUCUGUCUCUCUCCCGUCGGUCUGUCUCUCUCCCGUCGGUCUGUCUCUCUCCCGUCUGUCUGUCUCUCUCCCGUCUGUCUGACUCUCUCCCGUCUGUCUGACUCUCUCCCGUGCGUCGGUCUGUCUCUCUCCCGUCUGUCUGUCUCUCUCCUGUCGGUCUCUCUCCCGUCUGUCUGUCUCUCUCCCGUCUGUCUGUCUCUCUCCCGUGCGUCUGUCUGUCUCUCUCCCGUUUGUCUGUCUCUCUCCCGUCUGUCUGUCUCUCUCCCGUCUGUCUGACUCUCUCCUGUCUGUCUCUCUCCCGUCUGUCUGACUCUCUCCCGUCUGUCUGUCUCUCUCCCGUCGGUCUCCUCCAGGCCCGCCAGGCCCCGAGUCUCCAGAGGUCAUCCUCCUAAAGGCCCUCAUCCUUCAGGUUAUGUGUCUCUACCAGAAGGUGGUCCCUCAUCUGGUUAGCCAGAGCAGGUUUGACUUCAGCAAGCUGCUCAAAGGUACUGGUCUAUAAACUGAAUGGUUUGACUUCAGCAAGCUGCUCAAAGGUACUGGUCUAUAAACUGAAUGGUUUGACUUCAGCAAGCUGCUCAAAGGUACUGGUCUAUAAACUGAAUGGUUUGACUUCAGCAAGCUGCUCAAAGGUACUGGUCUAUAAACUGAAUGGUUCGACUUCAGCAAGCUGCUCAAAGGUACUGGUCUAUAAACUGAAUGGUUCGACUUCAGCAAGCUGCUCAAAGGUACUGGUCUAUAAACUGAAUGGUUUGACUUCAGCAAGCUGCUCAAAGGUACUGGUCUAUAAACUGAAUGGUUUGCCUUCAGCAAGCUCUCAAAGGUACUGGUCUAUAAACUGAAUGGAUGGAUGACUGAUUGAUUUGAUUUGCUCUGUUGCUCUUUAUUAGUCAUGUUAAAAAUAUGGAAGUUGUCUUCUUGAUGUAGUAACACAAUGUAAUAUAUAUUAAUUUGCUUUACAUUGUGUUACUAAAUUAAGAAGACCAUCAUAUUUUUUUUAACAUGACUGUAGUUAUUGUAUAGUUGUCACAUCAUUCUUAGUAUCUGUAUUGGUAUCCAAAAGGCCUGUGAAAUUAUCCACUGAUUGGGGAUAUCUUUAGGGAUCAUGUCCAAGUAAAUUAAGUUAAUGGUUAAUGUAUCUUGUCUCUCUCCCAGGUAUCGUGUCAGAGAAAGGUAUGAGGGAGGAGGUUCCUCCUGUACUCCAACACCACAUACUACAGCUGGCCCUGGACCUGCCGGCCAGCAAGUUCUCCUGGUUCAGAGUUCAGGUGAGCUUCUAGACCAGCAAGUUCUCCUGGUUCAGAGUUCAGGUGAGCUUCUAGACCAGCAAGUUGUCCUGGUUCAGAGUUCAGGGGAGCUUCUAGACCAGCAAGUUCUCCUGGUUCAGAGUUCAGGGGAGCUUCUAGAUCAGCAAGUUGUCCUGGUUCAGAGUUCAGGUGAGCUUCUAGACCAGCAAGUUCUCCUGGUUCAGAGUUCAGGUGAGCUUCUAGACCAGCAAGUUCUCCUGGUUCAGAGUUCAGGGGAGCUUCUAGAUCAGCAAGUUGUCCUGGUUCAGAGUUCAGGUGAGCUUCUAGACCAGCAAGUUGUCCUGGUUCAGAGUUCAGGGGAGCUUCUAGACCAGCAAGUUGUCCUGGUUCAGAGUUCAGUUUAGAAUGGAGCAGUACUUUUAAUAUCCCCUGCUUAAAGGCCAUAUCAGGAGCGUGGAACAGACCAGGGGUUGUCCUGUCUGCUAUCUCGUGGAGUGACUUCAAAGGCAAUGUGAGACAAAAUCAACAGUAAAAGGCUGUUAUUUGCAGGGGCGCAACUUUGGUUUGGAAGUGGUGGGGACAUACGUCUGGGGGGGGUCCUCCCCCAGAAUUAUUUUGGGCAUCUAAAGCUCAUUUCCUGCAUUUCUACACAAUCUAAUAUGACCCUUUUGGAGUCACUUUUAUUGUAAAUAAGAAUAAUAAUAUGUUUCUAAACGCUUUUACAUUAAUGUGGAUGCUACCAUGAUUAUGGAUAAUCCUGAAUGAAUUGUGAAUAAUGAUGAGUGGAUAUGUUAUAGACGCACAAAUAUCAUACCCCCCCAAAAAAUGCUAACCUCCCCUGUUAUGGUAAUAGUUAGAGGUUAGCAUGUCUUGGGGGUAUAAUAUUUUUGCAUCUGUAACGUUCUCACUCAUCAUUAUUCAUGAUUCAUUCAGAUUAUCUGUAAUGGUAGCAUUAAUCCACAUUAAUGUAGAAGUGUUUAGAAACAUUCUGUUCUUAUUUACAGUGAAAGUGUCCCCUGUAGCUCAGUUGGUAGAGCAUGGCGCUUGCAACGCCAGGGUUGUGGGUUCGUUUUCCACGGGGGGGGGGGGGGGGGCAGUAUGAAAAUGUAUGCACUCACUAACUGUAAGUCGCUCUGGAUAAGAGCGUCUGCUAAACGACUAAAAUGUAAAGUGACUCCACAAUACAUUAUUUACCAGUAAUUUCUAUUUGCCAGAAAAUAAUCUGAAACACAACCAAAACAAACAGCAAAUAUAUCCAACAAAUGUGUAGAGUCACGAGGUUGAUGUAAUCAUUGUGUGCUAUGAAUAUGGGAACAAAUGCUUCACUUUUGACUACUUUAAUACACAUAAGUGAAUUUGUCCCAAUACUUUUGGUCUCCUAAAAUGGGGGGGGGACUAUGUACAUAAAUUGCUCUAAUUUCCAAACGGUUCACCCGAUAUGGAUGAAAAUACCCUCAAAUUAAAGAUGACUAUCUUCACUUUAACUUCAGUCAUUGUUUGAUUUCAAAACCAUACUUUUGGAGUAUAGAGCCAAAAGAAGAAAAAAUGCUUCACUGACCCAAUAAUUACAGAGCUGUAAUUAAUAUACUAAUAGUAUUGUAGAGCUCUUUUGACUUGUACACAAUAUAGUUGGGUCACCCCGUCCUGCCCCUAGGGGUCCACCACCCUGCAGCGCCCCACCACCCUGCAGCGCCCCACCACCCUGCAGCGCCCCACCACCCUGCAGCGCCCCAACCCAACACACCCCACUCAGCUUUAGGAUCUUAGUUAAACAUUCAUUAUUGGUUUCAGGUGUAUUCCAUAUAGGGCAUCCAGACCUUAUGAAAGUUGCGCAGUACAUUUACAUUUUAGUAAUUUAGCAGACGCUCUUAUCCAGAGCGACUUACAGGAGCAAUUAGGGUUAAGUGCCUUGCUCAAGGGCACAUCGACAGAUUGUUCACCUAGUCGGCUCGGGGAUUAGAACCAGCGACCUUUCGGUUACUGGCACAACGCUCUUAACCACUAAGCUACCUGCCGCCCCGUAUUAACAGGUCCAUGGGCCGCAGGCCAUGUCACCCUUUUCAUUUUUGUAUUUUUAUAUAAAAACAAUAUACAUUUGUGUGUCCAUUUCAACCAGCCCACCCAACAAAAUAAAUCUGGCUUCUAUCCUGUAAGUGUUAUUUCAUGCUCUUUCAGGUUCCCUAACUAACUAAAAGUAUUUCCGCACUGGGAGCAGUGGUAUGUCUUCUCCUCGUGUGUGUAUUGUCUCAUGCUUUUUCAGGUUCCCUAACCGGGUAAAUGUCUUUUCACACUGAGAGCAGUGGUAGGUAUUUUUUUCUGUGCGUGUUCUCUCAUGAUAUUUAAAGCCCCCUAACUGGGUAAAAGUCUUUCCACACAGGGAGCACUGUGUGGUCAAAUAUAAUGAUAAAUAGCUUGACAUUUCUGACACACAUUGUGGGAGGAUAACCAACCUUCCAAUUGAUGGCAAUGCAUUUCUUAGCCGCUAUAAAUGCCUGGUUACACAGUUUCUUCUGAUAACAGUCUCCAAUAUCAACAUCUACGAGCAAACAAAAAAAAGGGAGAAUGGAGAAUCUGUAGACGUGCUGAGAUAAAAUAACAUACUCUUGGACAGAAUUCCAAAGGAAUGCCUAGGAUUUGUUUCUCCUUUAUGACCCUGUGGUCAUGACAUUACUGUCCUGCUGUUGUUUCUCCCCUCUCUGUCAGGAUCAUGUGGAGACAGAGGCGGGCUCUGGGGAGAAGUCUGUGUUCUUCCUGCUCCUCAAGAUGUUUGUGAGCAGCAACAACAGCCACCUGAAGAUCUCCACCAGGAAACUGGUGGUCAAGGUGAGCACACAUACUGCCUCAGCUCACUCCUGGUUUGAAUCACAUACUGGGCGCUCUAUUCCCUAACAUAGUGCACUACUUUUGACCAGUGGUGGAAAGUACUUAAGUAAAAAAUACUUUAAAGUACUACUUAAGUAGUUUUUUGGGGUAUCUUUACUAUUUAUAUUUUUGACAACUUUUACUUUCUCUUCACUACGUUCCUAAUGAAAAUAAUGUACUUUUUACUCCAUACAUUUUCCCUGACACCCAAAAGUACUCGUUACAUUUUGAAUGCUUAGCCGGACAGAAAAUGGUACAAUUCACACACUUAUCAAGAUAACAUCCCUGGUCAUCCCUACUGCCUCUGAUCUGGCGGACUCACUAAACACACAUGCUUUGUUUGUAAAUGUCUGAGUGUGGGCGUGUGCCCCUGGUUAUCCAUAAAUAACAAAAACAAGAAAACUGUGAAGUCUGGUUUGCUUAAUAUAAGCAAUUUGAAAUGAUUCAUACUUUUACUUUUGAAACUUAAGUAUAUUUAAAACCAAAUACUUUUGUAGACUUUUUUUUUACUCAAGUAUUAUUUUACUGGGUGACUUUCACUUUAACGUGAGUCAUUUUCUAUUAAGGAAAUAUUUACUUUUACUCAAGUAUGACAAUUGGGUACUUUUUCCACCACUGCUUUUGACCAGGGCCCGUAGUGGGUCAAAAGUGUCCGCUAAAUGACUAAAAUGUAAAUGUAAAUGUAGUUCACUGAAUAGGGAAUGUAGUGUACCCACUGACUCUCUUCGCCCAACGUAGAAAGAAGAUGAAUCGUAGGGUACUUACUGAGUACACCUACAAAGAGUUCCUGUUAAACUCCUUUCCCUCCACUGUGUGGUAUAGGUGCUGAAGGACAGUGGAGUGUUUGAGUACACCUGGUCUGAACUGGAGCUUUGGCUGAAUCACCUACUCAAACUAGAACCAGACCAGCAGGAUACAGUCAUACACUUCCUGGAGAGGGUCAGUCACCUGGUCUACCUCCAUAGAUACAGUUGAUCGAUCGAUCAAUUGAUACGUCAAUCAAUUAAUCAAUCGAUCGUAGAUACCCUCAAUCGAUCAAUCUAUCGUUACGCUACGAUCUUCAUCAUAAGUAGCAUAAAAUAAAAUAUCAACACCUUCUUACCCGAGGCCUUUUGCGCUUAGGGAUUGAUUGAUUGAUUGGUUGAUUGUUUGAUUGGGUGGUUGAUUGUUUGAUUGCAUUAUGCUAUUUAUGAUACAGUAUGUGUCUGUCUUCUCUGUGAUGUGUGUAUGUCCCCAGGUGCUGGUGUGUAACCCUGUGGUGUGUGUAUGUCCCCAGGUGCUGGUGUGUAACCCUGUGGUGUGUGUAUGUCCCCAGGUGCUGGUGUGUCUGGUGUGUAACCCUGUGAUGUGUGUAUGUCCCCUGGUGCUGGUGUGUCUGGUGUGUAACCCUGUGAUGUGUGUAUGACCCCAGGUGCUGGUGUGUAACCCUGUGAUGUGUGUAUGACCCCAGGUGCUGGUGUGUAACCCUGUGGUGUGUGUAUGUCCCCAGGUGCUGGUGUGUAACCCUGUGGUGUGUGUAUGUCCCCAGGUGCUGGUGUGUAACCCUGUGAUGUGUGUAUGUCCCCAGGUGCUGGUGUGUAACCCUGUGAUGUGUGUAUGUCCCCAGGUGCUGGUGUGUAACCCUGUGAUGUGUGUAUGACCCCAGGUGCUGGUGUGUAACCCUGUGGUGUGUGUAUGUCCCCAGGUGCUGGUGUGUCUGGUGUGUAACCCCUACACCUACACAGACAAGGUGGCUAGUCUAGUCCAGGACGCAGCCUUUCUACAGGCCAAUCUCAGCGGACAGGACGAAGACACCGCCAGCAUCCCCAUCUCACACAUAGACGGUUGGUGACUACUAUAUAAUUACUAGUGAAGACAAAGCCUUGGCCUGGUGUGAAACAUAGCUAGUGAAGACAAAGCCUUGGCCUGGUGUGAAACAUAGCUAGUGAAGACAAAGCCUUGGCCUAGUGUGAAACAUAGAGUGGGGGAAAAAAAGUAUUUAGUCAGCCACCAAUUGUGCAAGUUCUCCCACUUAAAAAGAUGAGAGAGGUCUGUAAUUUUCAUCAUAGGUACACGUCAACUAUGACAGACAAAUUGAGGGAAAAAAAUCCAGAAAAUCACAUUGUAGGAUUUUGAAUGAAUUUAUUUGCAAAUUAUGGUGGAAAAUAAGUAUUUGGUCACCUACAAACAAGCAAGAUGUCUGGCUCUCACAGACCUGUAACUUCUUCUUUAAGAGGCUCCUCUGUCCUCCACUCGUUACCUGUAUUAAUGGCACCUGUUUGAACUUGUUAUCAGUAUAAAAGACACCUGUCCACAACCUCAAACAGACACACUCCAAACUCCACUAUGGCCAAGACCAAAGAGCUGUCAAAGGACACCAGAAACAAAAUUGUAGACCUGCACCAGGCUGGGAAGACUGCAUCUGCAAUAGGUAAGCAGCUUGGUUUGAAGAAAUCAACUGUGGGAGCAAUUAUUAGGAAAUGGAAGACAUACAAGACCACUGAUAAUCUCCCUCGAUCUGGGGCUCCACGCAAGAUCUCACCCCGUGGGGUCAAAAUGAUCACAAGAACGGUGAGCAAAAAUCCCAGAACCACACGGGGGGACCUAGUGAAUGACCUGCAGAGAGCUGGGACCAAAGUAACAAAGCCUACCAUCAGUAACACACUACGCCGCCAGGGACUCAAAUCCUGCAGUGCCAGACGUGUCCCCCUGCUUAAGCCAGUACAUGUCCAGGCCCGUCUGAAGUUUGCUAGAGUGCAUUUGGAUGAUCCAGAAGAGGAUUGGGAGAAUGUCAUAUGGUCAGAUGAAACCAAAAUAGAACUUUUUGGUAAAACCUCAACUCGUCGUGUUUGGAGGACAAAGAAUGCUGAGUUGCAUCCAAAGAACACCAUACCUACUGUGAAGCAUGGGGGUGGAAACAUCAUGCUUUGGGGCUGUUUUUCUGCAAAGGGACCAGGACGACUGAUCCGUGUAAAGAAAAGAAUGAAUGGGGCCACGUAUCGUGAGAUUUUGAGUGAAAACCUCCUUCCAUCAGCAAGGGCAUUUUAAAAAAUUUUAGUUCACCUUUAUUUAACCAGGUAAGCCAGUUGAGAACAAGUUCUCAUUUACAACUGCGACCUGGCCAAGAUAAAGCAAAGCAGUGCGAUAAAAACAACAACACAGAGUUACAUAUGGGGUAAAAAAAACAUAAAGUCAAAAAAUACAACAGAAAAUAUAUAUACAGUGUGUGCAAAUGUAGCAAGUUAUGGAGGUAAGGCAAUAAAUAGGCUAUAGUGCAAAAUAAUUACAAUUAGUAUUAACACUGGAAUGCUAGAUGUGCAAGAGAUUAUGUGCAAAUAGAGAUACUGGGGUGCAAAAGAGCAAAAUAAAUAACAAUAUAGGGAUGAGGUAGUUGGGUGGGCUAAUUUCAGAUGGGCUGUGUACAGGUGCAGUGAUCGGUAAGGUGCUCUGACAACUGAUGCUUAAAGUUAUUGAGGGAGAUAAGAGUCUCCAGCUUCAGAGAUUUUUGCAAUUCGUUCCAGUCAUUGGCAGCAGAGAACUGGAAGGAAUGGCGGCCAAAGGAGGUGUUGGCUUUGGGAAUGACCAGUGAGAUAUACCUGCUGGAGCGCAGACUACGGGUGGGUGCUGCUAUGGUGACCAAUGAGCUAAGAUAAGGCGGGGAUUUGCCUAGCAGUGAUUUAUAGAUGGCCUGGAGCCAGUGGGUUUGACGACGAACAUGUAGUGAGGACCAGCCAACAAGAGCGUACAGGUCACAGUGGUGGGUAGUGUAUGGGGCUUUGGAGACAAAAUAGAUGGUACUGUGAUAGACUACAUCCAAUUUGCUGAGUAGAGUGUUGGAGGCUAUUUUGUAAAUGACAUCGCCGAAGUCAAGGAUCGGUAGGAUAGUCAGUUUUACGAGGGCAUGUUUGGCAGCAUGAGUAAAGGAGGCUUUGUUGCGAAAUAGGAAGCCGAUUCUAGAUUUAACUUUGGAUUGGAGAUUCUUAAUGUGAGUCUGGAAGGAGAGUUUACGGUCUAACCAGACACCUAGGUAUUUGUAGUUGUCCACAUACUCUAGGUCAGACCCGUCGAGAGUGAUGAUUCUAGUCGGGUGGGCGGGUGCCAGCAGCGUUCGAUUGAAGAGCAUGCAUUUAGUUUUACUAGUGUUUAAGAGCAGUUGGAGGCUACUGAAGGAGUGUUGUAUGGCAUUGAAGCUCGUUUGGAGGUUUGUUAACACAGUGUCCAAUGAAGGGCCAGAUGUAUACAAAAUGGUGUCGUCUGCGUAGAGGUGGAUCUGAGAGUUACCAGCAGCAAGAGCGACAUCAUUGAUAUACACGGAGAAAAGAGUCGGCCCAAGAAUUGAACCCUGUGGCACCCCCAUAGAGACUGCCAUAGGUCCAGACAACAGGCGCUCCGAUUUGACACAUUGAACUCUAUCUGAGAAGUAGUUGGUGAACCAGGCGAGGCAGUCAUUUGAGAAACCAAGGCUAUUUAGUCUGCCAAUAAGAAUGCGGUGGUUGAGAGUCGAAAGCCUUGGCCAGGUCGAUGAAGACGGCUGCACAGUACUGUCUAUUAUCGAUCGCGGUUAUAAUAUCGUUUUUAUUUAUUUUUUUAUUUUUUUAUUUCACCUUUAUUUAACCAGGUAAGCCAGUUGAGAACAGGUUCUCAUUUACAACUGCGACCUGGCCAAGAUAAAGCAAAGUAGUGCAAUAAAAACAACACAGAGUUACAUAUGGGGUAAAAAACAUAAAGUCAGAAAUACAACAGAAAAUAUAUAUACAGUGUGUGCAAAUGUAGCAAGUUAUGGAGGUAAGGCAAUAAAUAGGCUAUAGUGCAGAAUAAUUACAAUAGUAUUAACACUGGAAUGCUAGAUGUGCAAGAGAUUAUGUGCAAAUAGAGAUACUGGGGUGCAAAAGAGCAAAAUAAAUAACAAUAUAGGGAUGAGGUAGUUGGGUGGGCUAAUUUCAGAUGGGCUGUGUACAGGUGCAGUGAUCGGUAAGGUGCUCUGACAACUGAUGCUUAAAGUUAUUUAGGGAGAUAAGAGUCUCCAGCUUCAGAGAUUUUUGCAAUUCGUUCCAGUCAUUGGCAGCAGAGAACUGGAAGGAAUGGCGGCCAAAGGAGGUGUUGGCUUUGGGAAUGACCAGUGAGAUAUACCUGCUGGAGCGCAGACUACGGGUGGGUGCUGCUAUGGUGACCAAUGAGCUAAGAUAAGGCGGGGAUUUGCCUAGCAGUGAUUUAUAGAUGGCCUGGAGCAAGUGGGUUUGACGACGAACAUGUAGUGAGGACCAGCCAACAAGAGCGUACAGGUCACAGUGGUGGGUAGUGUAUGGGGCUUUGGAGACAAAACGGAUGGCACUGUGAUAGACUACAUCCAAUUUGCUGAGUAGGGUGUUGGAGGCUAUUUUGUAAAUUACAUCGCCGAAGUCAAGGAUCGGUAGGAUAGUCAGUUUUACGAGGGCAUGUUUGGCAGCAUGAGUGAAGGAGGCUUUAUUGCGAAAUAGGAAGCCGAUUCUAGAUUUAACUUUGGAUUGGAGAUUCUUUAUGUGAGUCUGGAAGUUGAGUUUACAGUCUAACCAGACACCUAGGUAUUUGUAGUUGUCCACAUACUCUAGGUCAGACCCGUCGUGUUUAGGACCUUGAGCGUGGCUGAAGUGCACCCAUGACCAGCUCGGAAACCGGAUUGCAUAGCGGAGAAGGUACGGUGGGAUUCGAAAUGGUCGGUGAUCUGUUUGUUAACUUGGCUUUCAAAUACUUUCGAAAGGCAGGGCAGGAUGGAUAUAGGUCUGUAACAGUUUGGAUCUAGAGUGUCACCCCCUUUGAAGAGGGGGAUGACCGCGGCAGCUUUCCAAUCUCUGGGGAUCUCAGACGUUACGAAAGAGAGGUUGAACAGGCUAGUAAUAGGGGUUGCGACAAUUUCGGCGGCUAGUUUUAGAAAGAAAGGGUCCAGAUUGUCUAGCCCAGAUGAUUUGUAGGGGUCCAGAUUUUGCAGCUCUUUCAGAACAUAAUUUGUGUGAAGGAGAAGCGGGGGGGCAUGGGCAAGUUGCAGCGGAGGGUGCAGAGCUGGUGGCCGGGGUAGUCGUAGCCAGGUGGAAAGCAUGGCCAGCCGUAGCAAAAUGCUUGUUGAAAUUCUCGAUUAUUGUAGAUUUAUCGCUGGUGAUAGUGUUUCCUAGCCUCAGUGCAGUGGGCAGCUGGGAGGAAGUGCUCUUAUUCUCCAUGGACUUUACAGUGUCCCAAAACUUUUUGGAGUUAGUGCUACAGGAUGCAAAUUUCUGUUUGAAAAAGUUAGCCUUUGCUUUCCUGACUGCUUGUGUAUAUUGGUUCCUAACUUCCCUGAAAAGUUGCAUAUCGCGGGGGCUAUUUGAUGCUAAUGCAGUACGCCACAGGAUGUUUUUGUGCUGGUCAAGGGCAGUCAAGUCUGAGGAGAACCAGGGGCUAUAUCUGUUCUUAGUUCUGUAUUUUUUGAAUGGGGCAUGUUUAUUUAAGGCAUUGAAGAUGAAACGUGGCUGGGUCUUUCAGCAUGACAAUGAUCCCAAACACACCGCCCGGGCAACGAAGGAGUGGCUUCGUAAGAAGCAUUUCAAGGUCCUGGAGUGGCCUAGCCAGUCUCCAGAUCUCAACCCCAUAGAAAAUCUUUGGAGGGAGUUGAAAGUCUGUGUUGCCCAGCGACAGCCCCAAAACAUCACUGCUCUAGAGGAGAUCUGCAUGGAGGAAUGGGCCAAUAUACCAGCAACAGUGUGUGAAAACCUUGUGAAGACUUACAGAAAACGUUUGACCUGUGUCAUUGCCAACAAAGGGUAUAUAACAAAGUAUUGAGAAACUUUUGUUAUUGACCAAAUACUUAUUUUCCACCAUAAUUUGCAAAUAAAUUCAUAAAAAAUUCUACAAUGUGAUUUUCUGGAUUUUGUUUUCUCAUUUUGUCUGUCAUAGUUGACGUGUACCUAUGAUGAAAAUUACAGGCCUCUCUCAUCUUUUUAAGUGGGAGAACUUGCACAAUUGGUGGCUGACUAAAUACUUUUUUCCCCCACUGUAGCUAGUGAAGACAAAGCCUUGGUCUGGUGUGAAACAUAGCUAGUGAAGACAAAAGCCUUGGCCUGGUGUGAAACAUAGCUAGUGAAGACAAAGCCUCGGCCUAGUGUGAAACAUUGUACUGCUGUAUCUCUAGACGUGCUGGACAUGGUUGAUGUGAUCAUGGAGGGCAGCGAGGGGGAGACGGAGGAGCUGGGCCCGGCGCUUAGUGAUGACCUCAUCCUCCAGACCUUCCCUUUCAGUGCCGUGGUACCUGCUGUCCUGGAGGCCAGGAACAAACUACCUGCUACCUACAGAACGGAGAAAGGUAAACUACUGAAGUACUUCCUGGCUGGCUGUCGGACUGACUGUCUGGCCGUCUGGGGCUCGUUCAAACACUCAGCCUUGUUUGCUUCUUUUUAAAUGUAGUGUGAGCCAUCCAAUGUAUGUGUCUUGGUGCAUGUGGGUAUUCAUAGAUGUUUCUAAUCCCGUCUCUGUAUUUGACCCUAGGGGUGGUGUAUAAUGUAAUCUUGUGUAUUUGACCCCAGGGAUGGUGUAUAAUGUUGUGUAUUUGACCCCAGGGAUGGUGUAUAAUGUAAUCUUGUGUAUAUUGACCCUAGGGGUGGUGUAUAAUGUAAUCUUGUGUAUUUGACCCUAGGGGUGGUGUAUAAUAUAAUAUUGUGUAUUUGACCCCAGGGAUGGUGUAUAAUGUAAUCGUGUGUAUUUGACCCUAGAGAUGGUGUAUAAUGUAAUCGUGUGUAUAUUGACCCUAGGGGUGGUGUAUAAUAUAAUCUUGUGUAUUUGACCCCAGGGAUGGUGUAUAAUGUAAUGUUGUGUAUUUGACCCUAGGGGUGGUGUAUAAUGUAAUGUUGUGUAUUUGACCCCAGGGAUGGUGUAUAAUGUAAUGUUGUGUAUUUGACCCCAGGGAUGGUGUAUAAUGUAAUGUUGUGUAUUUGACCCCAGGGAUGGUGUAUAAUGUAAUGUUGUGUAUUUGACCCUAGGGAUGGUGUAUAAUAUAAUAUUGUAUAUUUAGGUGUGGUAUAUGACUACAUGGCAACAGUCCUAUGUGACGUGCUCCACUGUCAGAGAGACCCUCUGCCCCUCAGCCUGGCCCUUCUACAGUACGAUAAAGAGCUGGACUCCUCUGAAGACCCUCCCCAUCCCUCCAUCAUUCACCUCCAUCACUACUACACAACAUGGCUGCCCCAACAGGCGCGCGAACAUCUGGUCAGAACACCUCCCUCUCCUCACGAUCAUGCAGAUAACUUAUUAUUAUUGUGUUUUAAUAUCAGUCUUAUUACAUGUAGUAGUGUUAUCAUGUUCAUACGUGUUCAUAAUAGCAUUAUUUGUAAAAGUGUGUUUAGAGUAUUUCAUAGUGGUAAUUACAAUUGUAUUAUUAUGUAUCCACAACAAACUCCUGUUCUAUCGUCUCUCCUCUGUCCGACAGUUCCUGUCCUGGGAAAGCCCUGUCGAUGUCUCUCCUACUCCUGUGACCUUUGCUGACCUACUGAAGACAACCUACAGCCAAGGGGCCUCUGCCCUGCUAGAAGACUCCUUCAGACGGAGAAUAGAGGAGCGUCUGGCCGCUAUGGCGAUGGCUGAGUAUCCUGUUGCAGCCAAGCAGAUCCUACUGUACAUCAAAACCACUGUGGACAACUUCAGCAUGGUACAGAGAAACACUCGCCGAACCUUUUAUGUGAACGCUGCUUUUUCUCGCUGUUAUCAAGCUGCGUCUGCCGUGAUCUGUUCCUAACACGUUGCCUCCUGUCUCUCCACAGUUGUCUAUAGACACAGGGCUGCUGGCACUGAAUGUCCUGAUGGGAGUUCUCCAGGGGUUGGUGUUGAGGCUUCAGAGCCCACAGGAACAAACUGAGGCAACCGAGGUAGAGCCCAUGGUCGCAGCAGAGACUGAGCCCAUGGUCGCAGCAGAGACUGAGCCCAUGGUCGCAGCAGAGACUGAGCCCGUGGUCGCAGCAGAGACUGAGCCCGUGGUCGCAGCAGAGACUGAGCCCGUGGUCGCUGAUCAGAAGGCAGCAGAGACAGCCGUUCCCAUGGCUGUGGUUCCUACGGUGGCAGCAGAGACUGAGCCCAUGGCUAUGGGUCAGGACACAGCCACAGUAGUAGAUCCAGCCAAGGCAGCAGAACCCAAAGCUGUGGACCUCCUGGAGGGAUCGGAUCUCUUCCUGGAGGUCAACCCCUCUUCGGAAGUAGAGGACAACGACAACCUGGUAGGACCAGGAGCCUUUUUACUGGAAGUAGAAUACCAGAUGUAGUAGUCAGUAACUCUUUGUGGCGUAUCUUUAGAGUCGUACCCUUGUUCUCCUUUGUUUACUGCUGCUUAACAACGUAUCCCUGGUUCGAUUUGGGAGAUUUUUUGUUUACCUUUUUUUGUUCUCGUGAUAUGAUGUACUGUGUCCUUUCUGGCCGUGUCUGUAGGUGGUGUUGUCAGUGCUGAGUUCCAUCCUGAAGCACCCAUGUAUCGAGCAGUGGUUCCUGUCUCUGGAGUUGUCCUCUGUCCCUCCUACCUCCCUCAACCCGGUCAGGCUGAAGCUGCUGUGUGCUGAACUGUCUGACUGCAUCCUGGGUCUGUUACAGUCCUCCGCCUCCGCCCUGCGAUCCCUGGACUCCCUCUAUCUCCUCUCCCCUUACCUAGAGGCUGUAUCAAGGGCUCUGCUCAGAGAGCUGGGGGAGAGGAGGGAGACCGACAAGGAGUCCCGGCCUGUGAGAGCCUUCGUGGCGCUGCAUGCCUACAUGGAGCCCUCUCUCUUCCAGGAGCUGGUCUCUUCUCUUCUCCUACUCCCCCAGGAGACACUCAUCACCCCGGGGGAGAGUUACCAGGAGGGGGAAGAAGACGGUGAGAAGAGCUCCAGAGCAGCAGAGCUCAGUGUCUAUGGACGCACGGCACUACAUGUCCUCACCGAGACCUCUUCGUCCGGCUCCCCUCUCCUCCUCCUCUCCCAGGCCCACCUCCAAGGCCUGGCCACCCUGCUCCUGUCCUGCUCCAGCCCAUCUCUGGAGACCUUCCUCCUGCAGGCCCUGAGGACCCAGCCAGGCAACGCUAAACUCCUCCACACUGACGUCCUGCUCCACUGUCUCCAGGGGCCUCCUACUGCAGCCGCCAAAGCCCUCGGGGCAGCCCUGCUGCACAACUGCUCUACUCACAGGCUCCGCUUCGAGGUGUGGUGCCUGCAGCCGCAGCACCUGGAGAAACUCACGGACCAGACGGGGGCAUUCCUACCGCUGGUCAACAGCUACCUGCAGACUGCAGCCAGAGAGGACCCUGCCAGGCCUAAUGAAGGUAGGUGGUUGUGGCCUAGUCUGCAGUGUCAGACUCAUUGGAACUAUAUUUAUACUCCCACCGUUGGAAAAUCCUAACUUCCACUGAUUUAGUCUCUCAUUGACAUUAAUGCAUGACUAAAGAAGUUUAAAGUUUAAGAACCAACCAUGCACGAUCACAGUCACCAUGUUGUUCGGGGUUGUCCCACAGUUCAGACAGCGGUGCUGAAGGUCCUGAAGCAGGCCCUGCUCCCCAGGUUGAUCCUCUCUGUGCUGGGGCAGGAGACAGGGGAGGCCCUGGGGGCUGUGGAGGUUGUGGAGGCUCUCUCCAGCCUGGUCAUACUGGCAGCUAAGGUCAAGGACAUCAGAGAGCUCAUCACCUCCCUGCCCGCUGCCCUGCAGAAACUAGACGGCUUUGAAAGGUAAUGUCUUCGUACGGGUAUUACCUCAGUAAAACUUGGCCGAAAUGGUCAAAUGAAGGUGUGCAUUCCAGACCUUUCUGUGUAGGUUGUUGUAUAAUGUUGAUGUGAUUCCUAAUGUGACUUCUCCAGGCAUUGUGAUAUCUGAUCAUUUGUUCUGACUUUUCAAAUCAAAUCAAAUGUUAUUUGUCACAUGCGCCGACUACAACAGAUGUAGACCUUACAGUGAAAUGCUUACUUACAAGCCCUUAACCAACAAUGCAGUUCAAGAAAUAGAGUUAAGAAAAUAUUAACUAAAUAAACUAAAGUAAAAUAUAAAGUAACAAUAAAAUAACAAUAACGAGGCUAUAUACAGGGGGUACCGGUACUGAGUCAAUGUGUGGGGGUACAGGUUAGUUGAGGUAAUUUGUACAUGUACAGUGGGGGAAAAAAGUAUUUAGUCAGCCACCAAUUGUGCAAGUUCUCCCACUUAAAAAGAUGAGAGAGGCCUGUAAUUUUCAUCAUAGGUACACGUCAACUAUGACAGACAAAUUGAGAGAGAAAAAAAUCCAGAAAAUCACAUUGUAGGAUUUUUAAUGAAUUUAUUUGCAAAUUAUGGUGGAAAAUAAGUAUUUGGUCACCUACAAACAAGCAAGAUUUCUGGCUCUCACAGACCUGUAACUUCUUCUUUAAGAGGCUCCUCUGUCCUCCACUCGUUACCUGUAUUAAUGGCACCUGUUUGAACUUGUUAUCAGUAUAAAAGACACCUGUCCACAACCUCAAACAGUCACACUCCAAACUCCACUAUGGCCAAGACCAAAGAGCUGUCAAAGGACACCAGAAACACAAUUGUAGACCUGCACCAGGCUGGGAAGACUGAAUCUGCAAUAGGUAAGCAGCUUGGUUUGAAGAAAUCAACUGUGGGAGCAAUUAUUAGGAAAUGGAAGACAUAAAAGACCACUGAUAAUCUCCCUCGAUCUGGGGCUCCACGCAAGAUCUCACCCCGUGGGGUCAAAAUGAUCACAAGAACGGUGAGCAAAAAUCCCAGAACCACACGGGGGGACCUAGUGAAUGACCUGCAGAGAGCUGGGACCAAAGUAACAAAGCCUACCAUCAGUAACACACUACGCCGCCAGGGACUCAAAUCCUGCAGUGCCAGACGUGUCCCCCUGCUUAAGCCAGUACAUGUCCAGGCCCGUCUGAAGUUUGCUAGAGUGAAUUUGGAUGAUCCAGAAGAGGAUUGGGAGAAUGUCAUUUGGUCAGAUGAAACCAAAAUAUAACUUUUUGGUAAAAACUCAACUCGUCGUGUUUGGAGGACAAAGAAUGCUGAGUUGCAUCCAAAGAACACCAUACCUACUGUGAAGCAUGGGGGUGGAAACAUCAUGCUUUGGGGCUGUUUUUCUGCAAAGGGACCAGGACGACUGAUCAGUGUAAAGGAAAGAAUGAAUGGGGCCAUGUAUCGUGAGAUUUUGAGUGAAAACCUCCUUCCAUCAGCAAGGGCAUUGAAGAUGAAACGUGGCUGGGUCUUUCAGCAUGACAAUGAUCCCAAACACACCGCCCGGGCAACGAAGGAGUGGCUUCAUAAGAAGCAUUUCAAGGUCCUGGAGUGGCCUAGCCAGUCUCCAGAUCUCAACCCCAUAGAAAAUCUUUGGAGGGAGUUGAAAGCCUGUGUUGCCCAGCGACAGCCCCAAAACAUCACUGCUCUAGAGGUGAUCUGCAUGGAGGAAUGGGCCAAAAUACCAGCAACAGUGUGUGAAAACCUUGUGAAGACUUACAGAAAACGUUUGACCUGUGUCAUUGCCAACAAAGGGUAUAUAACAAAGUAUUGAGAAACUUUUGUUAUUGACCAAAUACUUAUUUUCCACCAUAAUUUGCAAAUAAAUUCAUAAAAAAUCCUACAAUGUGAUUUUCUGGAAUUGUUUUUCUCAUUUUGUCUGUCAUAGUUGACGUGUACCUAUGAUGAAAAUUACAGGCCUCUCUCGUCUUUUUAAGUGGGAGAACUUGCACAAUUGGUGGCUGACUAAAUACUUGUUUUCCCCACUGUAGGUAGGGGUAAAGUGACUAUGCAUAGAUAAUAAACAGCGAGUAGCAGCAGUGUAAAAACAAAUAGUCCAGGUGGCCAUUUGAUUAAUUGUUCUGCAGUCUUAUGGCUUGGGGGCAGAAGCUGUUAAGAAGCCGUUUGGACCUAGACAUGGCGCUCCGGUACCGUUUGCCAUUCGGUAGCAGAGAGAACAGUCUAUGACUUGGGUGACUGGAGUCUUUGACAAUGUUUUGGGCCUUCCUCUGACACCGCCUGGUAUAGAGGUCCUGGAUGGCAGGAAGCUUGGCCCCAGUGAUGUACUGGGCCAUACGCACUACCCUCUGUAGCGCCUUACGGUCGGAUGCCGAGCAGUUGCCAUACCAGGCGGUGAUGCAACCGGUCAGGAUGCUCUCGAUGGUGCAGCUGUAGAACUUUUUGAGGAUCUGGGGACCCAUGCCAAAUCUUUUCAGUCUCCUGAGGGGGAAAAGGUGUUGUCGUGUCCUCUUCCCGACUGUCUUGGUGUGUUUGGACCAUGAUAAUUUGUUGGUGAUGUGGACACCAAGGAACUUGGAACUCUCGACCCGCUCCAUUACAGCCCCGUCAAUGUUAAUGGGGUUGUGUUUGGCCCUCCUUUUCCUGUAGUUCGCGAUCAUCUCCUUUGUCUUGCUCACAUUGAGGGAGAGUUUGUUGUCCUGGCACCACACUGCCAGGUCUCUGGCCUCCUCCCUAUAGGCUGUCUUAUCGUUGUCGGUGAUCAGGCCUACCACCGUUGUGUCAUCAGCAAACUUAAUGAUGCUGUUGGAGUCGUGCUUGGCCACGCAGUCGUGGGUGAACAGGGAGUACAGGAUGGGACUAAGCACACACCCCUGAGGGGCCCCCGUGUUGAGGAUCAGCGUGGCAGAUGUGUUCUUGCUUACCUUUACCACCUGGGGGCGGCCCGUCAGGAAGUUCAGGAUCCAGUUGCAGAGGGAGGUGUUUAGUCCCAGGGUCCUUAGCUUAGUGAUGAGCUUUGUGGGCACUAUGGUGUUGAACGCUGAGCUGUAGUCAAUGAACAGCAUUCUCACAUAGGUGUUCCUUUUGUCCAGGUGGGAAAGGGCAGUGUGGAGUGCAAUAGAGAUUGUAUCAUCUGUGGAUCUGUUGGGGCGGUAUGCAAAUUGGAGUGGGUCUUGGGUUUCCGGGAUGAUGGUAUUGAUGUGAGCCAUAACAAGCCUUUCAAAGCACUUCAUGGCUACCGACAUGGUACAGGGUAGUAGUCAUUUAGGCAGGUUACCUUCACUUUCUUGGGCACAGCUGGUGCUCUCAUGCAUGCUUCAGUGUUGCUUGCCUCGAAGCAAGCAUAAAAGCCAUUUAGCUCGUCUGGUAGGCUCGUGUCACUGGGCAGCUCACGGCUGGGUUUCGCUCUGUAGUACGUAAUAGUUUGCAAGCCCUGCCACAUCUGAUGAGCGUCAGAGCUGGUGUAGUAGGAUUCAAUCUUAGUCCUGGAUUGACGCUUUGCCUGUUUGAUGGUUCGUCUGAGGACAUAGAGGGAUUUCUUAUAGGCGUCCGGAUUAGUGUCCCGCUCCUUGAAAGCGGCAGCUCUAGCCUUUAGCUCGGUGCGGAUGUUGCCUGUAAUCCAUGGCAUCUGGUUGGAAUAUGUACGUACGGUCAAUGUGGGGACGACGUCGUCGUCGAUGCACUUAUUGAUGAAGCCGGUGACUGAGGUGGUAUACUCCUCAAUGCCAUUGGAUGAAUCCCGGAACAUAUUCCAGUCUGUGCUAGCAAAACAGUCCUGUAGCGUAGCAUCUGCGUCAUCUGACCACUUCCAUAUUGAGCGAGUCACUGGUGCUUCCUGCUUUAGUUUUUCCUUGUAAGCAGGAAUCAGGAGGAUAUAAUUAUGGUCAGAUUUGCCAAAUAGAGGGCGAGGGAGAGCUUUGUAUGCGUCUCUGUGUGUGGAGUAAAGGUGGUCUAGAGUUUUUUGUCUUCUGGUUGCACAUGUGACAUGCUGGUAGAAAUGAGAUAAAAUGGAUUUAAGUUUCCCUGCAUUAAAGUCCCCGGCCACUAGGCGCACCUUGCAACUCUGCCUACAUUUACAUUUACAUUUUAGUCAUUUAGCAGACGCUCUUAUCCAGAGCGACUUACAGUUAGACCAGUGUGUAAUCCGGCCAAAUAUCGAACCAUGUCUCUGAGUUGAUAAGGGUCAUUUGUGUGUGUGUGCGUGCAUGUGUCUGUCUGCGUUUGUAGGUCAGCAUCCCGGAGUCGCCUCUUCACUGUUGACGUUGAGACUGGUGUUUUGCGGGUACUAUUUAAUGAAGCUGCCAGUUGAGGACCUGUGAGGCGUCUGUUUCUCAAACUAGACACUCUAAUGUAUUUGUCCUCUUGCUCAGUUGUGCACCGGGGCCUCCCACUCCUCUUUCUAUUCUGGUUAGAGCCAGUUUGCGCUGUUCUGUGAAGGGAGUAGUACACAGCGUUGUACGAGAUCUUCAGCUUCUUGGCAAUUUCUCGCAUGGAAUAGCCUUCAUUUCUCAGAACAAGAAUAGACUGACAAGUUUCAGAAGAAAGUUAUUUCUUUCUGGCCAUUUUGAGCCUGUAAUCGAACCCACAAUUGCUGAUGCUCCAGAUACUCAACUAGUCUCAAGAAGGCCAGUUUUAUUGCAUAUUUAAUCAGCACAACAGUUUUCAGCUGUGCUAACAUAAUUGCAAAAGGGUUUUCUAAUGAUCAAUUAGCCUUUUAAAAUGAUAAACUUGGAUUAGCAAACACAACGUGCCAUUGGAACACAGGACUGAUGGUUGCUGAUAAUGGGCCUCUGUACGCCUAUGUAGAUACUCCAUUAAAAAUCAGCCAUUUCCAGCUUGUAAUGAUGUCAUGUCAUAGUAUCGUGGGGACCAGGUUAGAGUUACUAGAUAAGUGGCUUGGUGCCACGGAGUCUACAUUCCGUUAUGUCAAAGGAGAUUACUGAUGUUUAUGAUAGCAUGAUUGAUGGACAGGAUAUACUGACUUGGGGUAAAGAGUAAUAACAUCAAAGAAUGGGGAGUGCCCAUGAUGGGUACCAGAUGUUCGUGGAGAGACUUGUAACAGAGGGUAUAUAUAGAGAGAGUGGAUCUUUGUUCUGGAGUUAGGAAGUUGGGAGAGGCAGGGCCAUGUCUGUUAUAACUAACCAUGGUACCAUAUUAAAUAUCUUAUAUGAACUCCCCAUCAAAAGUGUCUAAGUACUUCCUUACAUUCGUAAUCACUUGAUACCCUAGAAACUCAUCAUAACACAGCUACAAUAGCCAUUUACAACAUUAACAAUGUCUACACUGUAUUUCUGAUCAAUUUGAUGUUAUUUUAAUGGACAAAAGAAAUUGCUUUUCUUUCGAAAACAAGGACAUUUCUAAGUGACCCCAAACUUUUGAACGGUAGUGUAGAUGAGAACUCUCUUGGUAGAUAGUAUGGUCUACAGCUUAUCAUGAGGUACUCUACCUCAGGUGAGCAAUACCUUGAGACUUCUUAAUAUUAGACAUCACUCACCAGCUGUUAUUGAAAAAUAGACACACACCCCCGGCCCUCGUCUUACCAGACGUAGCUGUUCUGUCCUGCCGAUGCACGGAAAACCCAGCUAACUGUAUAUUAUCCGUGUCGUCGUUCAGUCACGACUCGGUGAAACAUAAGAUAUUACAGUUUUUAAUGUCCCGUUGGUAGGAUAGUCUCGAACGGAGAUCAUCCAGUUUUUUCUCCAGUGUUUGCACGUUGGCCAAUAGAACGGAUGGUAGUGUCGGGUUACCAACUCGCUGACGAAUUCUCACCAGGCACCCCGAUCUCCGCCCCCUGUAUUUCCGUCUUUUCUUCACGCGAAUAACGGGGAUUUGGGCCUGGACUCGGAGAUGCAGUAUAUCCUUUGCGUUGGACUCAUUCAAUAAAAAAUCUUCGUCCAGUUCGAGGUGAGUAAUCGCUGUUCUGAUGUCCAGAAGCUCUUUUCGGUCAUAAGAGACGGUAGCAGCAACAUUAUGUACAAAAGAAGUUACAAACAAUGUAAAAAAACACACAAUAUAGCACAGUUGGUUAGGAGCCCGUAAAACGGCAGCCAUCCCCUCCGGCCGACUUUCUAAUAAUGGCGCCGAUUUCAGUUAUUUCAGUUAAAUACAAACACCUACUAGGGUUACAGGGGCUGUGUAUCAACAAGGUGUAUUUUCUCUCUGUCCCUCCCUCCAGAUGGCAGUUGGUGGACCCCAUCAGUGCUGUGCUGUCUGACUGUCCAGAGGAGCUAGAGGAGUGGAGGAAGUCGGUGCUCUCUGCCGCCCUCCGGUGGCUGAGCUCCUCCUACAGUCACAACAGAGACCAGAACACGGCACCACUCACACAGGAAGACAGCAUACUGAACAGACUAACGGUACUACUGGUGGGUCCACAGUCUAUCAUGCUAAAAUACAUGUUGUCCGUGUCCCAAAUGACACCCUAUUCCUUAUAUAGUGCACCACUUUUAACCAGAGCCCAUAGGAUGUUUUUUGUUGAUAUGUCAAUGACUAAAAUGUAAACGUAAUGUUGGUUCUGUUGUACAUUUUAGUCAUCUUAUCCAGAGCAAUUUACAGUUAGUGAGUGCAUACAUUUUCGUACUGGUCCCCUGUGGGAAUCGAACCCGCAAUACUGGCGUUGCAAGCGCCAUGCUCUACCAGCUAAGCCACACGGGUCUACAUUGGUAACUCAGAAGCAAACUUUCCCCCCCUAGACUUUUCCAGAAGACAUCACAGCAGCUGAAUGGAACAGCUUUGUCAAGGCUGGACUGAAGUAAGUCAUUGAUCUUAUUCUUUAUUCAGACACAUUCCUAUUCAACAGAAGAGUUGUCUGUCAAGGGGUCUGUAGAGUAUCAGAUUUGAUAUAUCUAACCUUUUUAUUUCUCCGGGUUAGUCUGAGAUGUAUUUUCAACAGUAGAUGUCUAGUGUUUAAACUGAUCUUUUCCUUCCCAGGUGUCGCUAUAGAGACCAUAACUUCCUGAGCACCCUGAACAGCCUGUUGGAUCUGAUAUAUGGAGGUAGUGAAGGACCUAAAGACCUGCUGCCUCUGUCUACCAUCCACACGAUGGCCUCCAGCCACUCCCUGUUCCUACCCACCAUGCUGGGAGCAGAGGAGGACCUUAGUGGGAACACACAGGUUAAAGGUACAGAACAGGACCUUAGUGGGAACACACAGGUUAAAGGAUCAGAACAUUUUGUUGCUCUCCAUAUGUUUUUUCUAACAGCCGAUCCAGAUCAGAAUUUUGCUACUCCCAGAAUUCUUUAUCUAAGUGGUAUUUUUGCCCAGCAACAGUUAUUGAAGUGGUAUUUUUGCCCAGCAACAGUUAUCGAGGUGGUAUUUUUGCCCAGCAACAGUUAUCGAAGUGGUCUUUUUUGCCCAGCAACAGUUAUCGAGGUGGUAUUUUUUCCCAGCAACAGUUAUCGAAGUGGUCUUUUUUUCCUUGAAAAGUUAUCUAAGUGUUUUUUUUCUCCCAGCAACAGUUAUCUAAAUGGUAUUUUCGCCCAGCAACAGUUAUCUAAGGGGUAUUUUGCCCAGCAGUUAUCUAAGUGGUAUUUUUGGCCAACAACAGUUAUCUAAGUGGUAUUGUUUCCCAGGAACAGUUAUCUAAGUGGUAUCUUUGCCUAGCAACAGGUUUCUAAGUGGGAUGUGCAUACCCCCCUCGUUUUCUCCUUUCACUUCUAGAUCAUACCGAUAUAACCAUAACUAUAAUAUGUAACACACUAAACAUGUAACACACUAAACACUGUAUGUAACACGCUAAACACUGUAUGUAACACGCUAAACACUGUAUGUAACACGCUAAACACUGUAUGUAACACACUAAACACUGUAUGUAACACGCUAAACACUGUAUGUAACACACUAAACACUGUAUGUAACACGCUAAACACUAUGUAACACGCUAAACACUGUAUGUAACACACUAAACACUGUAUGUAACACACUAAACACUGUAUGUAACACACUAAACACUGUGUAACACGCUAAACACUAUGUAACACGCUAAACACUAUGUAACACGCUAAACACUAUGUAACACGCUAAACACUGUAUGUAACACGCUAAACACUGUAUGUAACAUGCUAAACACUGUAUGUAACACACUAAACACUGUAUGUAACACGCUAAACACUGUAUGUAACACACUAAACACUGUAUGUAACACGCUAAACACUGUAUGUAACACACUAAACACUGUAUGUAACACGCUAAACACUGUAUGUAACACGCUAAACCACGUAUGUAACACGCUAAACACUGUAUGUAACCCGCUAACACUGUAUGUAACACACUAAACACUGUAUGUAACACAGCUAAACACUGUGUAACACCGCUAAACACUAUGUAACACGCUAAACCUAUGUAACACGCUAAACACUGAUGUACACGCUAACACUGUAUGUAAACAUGCUAAACACUGUAUGUAAUUAACACUGUAAUGUAACACACUAACACUGUAUGUAACACGCCUAAACAACUGUAUGUAACACACUAAACACUGUAUGUAACACGCUAAACACUGUAGUAACACACUAAACACUGUAUUUAACACGCUAAACACUGUAUGUAACACGCUAAAACACUGUAUGUAACACUAAACACUGUAUGUAACACGCUAAACACUGUAUGUAACACGCUAAACACUGUAUGUAACACGCUAAACACUGUAUGUAACACGCUAAACACUGUAUGUAACAUGCUAAACACUGUAUGGAACACGCUAAACACUGUAUGUAACACGCUAAACACUGUAUGUAACACGCUAAACACUGUAUGCAACACGCUAAACACUAUGUAACACGCUAAACACUGUAUGUAACACGCUAAACACUAUGUAACACACUAAACACUGUAUGUAACACGCUAAACACUGUAUGGAACACGCUAAACACUGUAUGGAACACGCUAAACACUGUAUGUAACACGCUAAACACUAUGUAACACACAGCUCUGUCUGUUAUCUCUUCCAGAGGCCCUGGUCUCUCUCCUGCUCAGCCUAGUGAAGAGAAGUCCCGCUGUCUGUAACAGCAACCACUUUGUGGUCAUACUGGGAGCGUAUGGCGCUACACUGAGUACUACAGGUAACCGAGCUGUUCCUGUGGGGUUUUAAAUGUCUUCUAUUCCACAGUGGCUAACAUGUAUUUUCUGUGCAGAUCAGAAACUGUUACUGCUGCUGCAGGAGUAUGAAGAUAACAGCAUCAGUCUGGUAGACUUUCAGUAAGUUUAUGAAUCUAUUAACUUUCAUCUCAAUAAGUUGCGUGUGGCCACGUGCGUGCUAUUACACUGAUAUCUCUGUGUGUGUGUGACCUGCAGGUGCAUGCUGUGGGGCCCAGCGGCGGUGGAGCACCAUAAGGCCCGGAAAAGCCUGGGCGUUUCCUUGUGGCAGCAACCCAGCUCUGAGGACCUCCUGGCCCUGCUCAGCCCUGACACCAUGAUCAACACCAUUACUCACUUUCCCCUGCAGCGCAGGAUCAUCCUGCAGGUAACCAACACACACACACACACACACACACACACACACACACACUUUUAUGAGACUUAUUUAUAAUGUUUAGACCCUGGAGUUUUUCCUGAACAUGUGACCUGACAAAGAAAGGACUCUGGACCUUUUUAAUUAAACUAUAACUAGACUAACUAGUGCCCAGAUUCUCACCUGUUUUCUAUAUUCUGGGAAAACUCUUGGCCCUGUUCAUGUAUUAUAACGUGGUGCAACAUAAGAUGGCUUUGUGAGGGGGGCCACACUCAUCCGUCUUCUUCAACAGGAGGGUAAAGAGCUGCUUUUCAAAGAUGAGGAAGUGAAGGAUCUUGGGAGUGUGUACGACCCCUGUUUCCUCCUGCCUCUCUUCAGUGCUAUGCUCCAGCCAGGUGACUACUACCAUUUAACAAACACCUGAAUAUAAUUUAAACAUCCAAGCAUUUAAACAUCCAAGCAUUUAAACAUCCAAGCAUUUAAACAUUAAAGCAUGUAAACCUCAAAGCAUGUAAACAUCAAAGCAUGCAAACAUCACAGCAUUAAAACAUCAAAGCAUUAAAACAUAAAAUAAUUUAAACAUCAAAGCAUUUAAACAUCUAAGCAUUUAAACAUCAACGCAUUUAAACAUCAAAGCAUUUAAACAUCCAUGCAUUUAAACAUCACAUCAUUUAAACAUCACAUCAUUUAAACAUCAACACAUUUAAACAUCAAAGCAUUUAAACAUCAACAUAUUUAAACAUCAAAUCAUUUAAACAUCAACAUAUUUAAACAUCAACGUAUUUAAACAUCAAAGCAUUUAAACAUCAAAGCAUUUAAACAUCAAAGCAUUUAAACAUCAACACAUUUAAACAUCAAAUCAAAUCAAAUCAAAUCAAAUCAAAUUUUAUUGGUCACAUGCGCCGAAUACAACAGGUGCAGACAUUACAGUGAAAUGCUUACUUACAGCCCUUAACCAACAGUGCAUUUAUUUUAAACAAAAAAGUAAGAAUAAAACAACAACAAAAAAGUGUUGAGAAAAAAAGAGCAGAAGUAAAAAUAAAGUGACAGUAGGGAGGCUAUAUAUACAAUAGAAUAAAGUGACAGUAGGGAGGCUAUAUAUACAGGGGGGUACCGUUGCAUAGUCAAUGUGCGGGGGCACCGGCUAGUUGAGGUAGUUGAGGUAAUAUGUACAUGUGGGUAGAGUUAAAGUGACUAUGCAUAAAUACUUAACAGAGUAGCAGCAGCGUAAAAAGUAUGGGGUGGGGGGGCAGUGCAAAUAGUCCGGGUAGCCAUGAUUAGCUGUUCAGGAGUCUUAUGGCUUGGGGGUAGAAGCUGUUGAGAAGUCUUUUGGACCUAGACUUGGCACUCCGGUACCGCUUGCCGUGCGGUAGCAGAGAGAACAGUCUAUGACUAGGGUGACUGGAGUCUUUGACAAUUUUGAGGGCCUUCCUCUGACACCGCCUGGUAUAGAGGUCCUGGAUGGCAGGGAGCUUUGCCCCUGUGAUGUACUGGGCCGUACGCACUACCCUCUGUAGUGCCUUGCGGUCAGAGGCCAAGCAGUUGCCAUACCAGGCGGUGAUGCAACCAGUCAGGAUGCUCUCGAUGGUGCAGCUGUAGAAUUUUUUGAGGAUCUGAGGACCCAUGCCAAAUCUUUUUAGUCUCCUGAGGGGGAAUAGGCUUUGUCGUGCCCUCUUCACGACUGUCUUGGUGUGUUUGGACCAUGAUAGUUCGUUGGUGAUGUGGACACCAAGGAACUUGAAGCUCUCAACCUGUUCCACUACAGCCCCGUCGAUGAGAAUGGGGGCGUGCUCAGUCCUCUUUUUUUUCCUGUAGUCCACAAUCAUCUCCUUUGUCUUGGUCACGUUGAGGGAGAGGUUGUUGUCCUGGCACCACACGGCCAGAUCUCUGACCUCCCUAUAGGCUGUCUCAUCGUUGUCGGUGAUCAGGCCUACCACUGUUGUGUCGUCGGCAAACUUAAUGAUGGUGUUGGAGUCGUGCCUGGCCAUGCAGUCAUGGGUGAACAGAGAGUACAGGAGGGGACUGAGCACGCACCCCUGAGGGGCCCCCGUGUUGAGGAUCAGUGUGGCAGAUGUGUUGUUACCUACCCUUACCACCUGGGGGCGGCCCGUCAGGAAGUCCAGGAUCCAGUUGCAGAGGGAGGUGUUUAGUCCCAGGAUCCUUAGCUUAGUGAUGAGCUUUGAGGGCACUAUGGUGUUGAAUGCUGAGCUGUAGUCAAUGAAUAGCAUUUAAACAUCAAAUCAUUUAAACAUCAAUCAUUUAAACAUCUAAGCAUUUAAACAUCAAAGCAUUUAAACAUUGAAGCAUUUAAACAUCAAAGCAUUUAAACAUCAACACAUUUAAACAUCAAAGCAUUUAAACAUCAAAGCAUUUAAACAUCAAAUCAUUUAAACAUCAAAGCAUUUAAACAUAAACAUAUUUAAACAUAAAAGCAUUUAAACAUCAACGCAUUUAAACAUCAAAGCAUUUAAACAUCAACACAUUUAAACAUCAAAUCAUUUAAACAUCAAAGCAUUUAAACAUAAACAUAUUUAAACAUCAAAGCAUUUAAACAUCAACACAUUUAAACAUCAAAUCAUUUAAACAUCAAAGCAUUUAAACAUUGAAGCAUUUAAACAUCACACUUAACUGAAACAUUUGACACAGUCAAAAAAAGAUGGAGACAUGAAAACAAGAAUUGACAUGGUUAAAAAGACAUUAUCAAAAUAAUACCGAAGUAAUUAUACUGUGAAACUAAAGAGUUACAUUAGGUCAGGCUAAAAACGUCUUCGGCGCUUCUUUAGCACCAAUAUAGUUGUUUGUGAAACCACUUCUUUAGUGAAUCACUAAAUCCCUGACUAUGGGACAUCUAAAUGCACUCUGUUACGUUGAACCAAUGAUGUUGUUACUGCACAGCCUUCAGCUGAACCAAACUGUUGUCUUUCCUCCCCCCCCCUCCCCUGUGACAGAGUCUGUGAUAGACUGUCUGAAGUUUGUGUCCAGUCACGGCCUUGGUGUCACGAUGGUGUCCCUGAGUAGUUAUGACCCCAAGCUGAGGGCCGCAGCCUACCAGGUUCUAGCUUCAUACUACCAUCACCUGGAGGCUGCUCGCUUCAGGGAGAAGAGACAGGUACACACACACACACACACACACAGACACACACACACACACACACACACAACAGACACAGACACACAGACACACACACACACACACACACGUAUGCACGCUCACACACACAGACUGAUCUCUCGUUAUUUGCGGUUCAUCUCAUGUGAUUUACUUUACUUUUUGAUAUUAUAUUUAGAGAGAGAGAGAUGGUGACAUAUACUGAGUGUACGAAACAUUAGGAACACCUUCCUAAUAUUUAGUUGCACCCCCUUUUUGCCCUCAGAACAGCCUCAAUUCGUCAGGGGCAUGGACUCUACAAGGUGUCGAAAGCGCUCCACAGGGAUGCUGGCCCCAUGUUGACUCCAAUGCUUCCCACAGUUGUGUCAAGUUGGCUGGAUGUCCUUUGGGUUGUGGACCAUUUUUGAUACACACAGGAAACUGUUAAGCGUGAAAAACCCAACAGCGUUACAGUUCUUGACACGAACCGGUGCGCCUGGCACCUACUACCAUACCCCGUUCAAAGGCACUUAAAUAUUUUGUCUUGCCCAUUCACCCUCUGAAUGGCACACAUACACAAUCCAUGUCUCAAGGCUUAAAAAUCCUUCUUUAACCCGUCUCCUCCCCUUCAUCUACACUGAUUGAAGUGGAUUUAACAAGUGACAUCCAAUAAGGGAUCAUAGCUUUCACCUGGAUUCACCUGGUCAGUCUGUCAUGGAAAGAGCAGGUGUUCCUAAUGUUUUGUACACUCAGUGUAUAUAAUGAAUAGUGUGUCAGUUCAGAUAUCGCCUUGUACGAGUGGUAAUGUUCUGUAAUAACCAGAUGUCUCUCUGUGUCUCCAGCUGCUCUACCUGCUGGACAUGGUGAAGAAUGGGAUCAGACAGCAGAACCUCAGGAUGCCCUUCGUACUGACCACAUACAUCACCAAGGUGGCCCAGCAGAUGCUGAAACCAGAGGAGCACAUGUAUGUGGUGGUGAACAGGUUCCUGCUCUCCCACCAG